AUUUUCACCAACUUGCAUUUUACUACCUGUUGAACCAUGGAUUGAGUGAGCUGCCUGAGUACAGUAUGGUAGCAAUGUUGGAUGACCUCCAGAUAGCAUAUUUUGACAGCACACUAGAGCGGGCUGUUCCCAGACAGCGAUGGAUGGCCCAGUCUUUCCCGCAGGAUCACUGGGAUUCAAUGGCCAUCACAGUUGCAGGUUUUCAUGGGAUUGUCAAAGGAAAUGCUGAGAUAGUUUACCAACAGCAACAUGGUAUAUUGACCCCAGCUAUUUUCUUUGUGCAGGGUUUCUGCGGCUGUGAAGUGGACAGUGACAAUUCCACUGAUGGGUUUGUCAGACUGGGUUAUGAUGGGGAGGAUGCCUGUGCUUUUGACAAGGACAGAAUGCGCUGGAUUGCUCUACGUCCAGAUUUCCAGGUGCUAGCAGAUCGGUGGAAUGUCAACAUCUUCAUGAACAAAUAUUUCAAAGAUCUCCUGGAGAAGGACUGUGUGAAGUGGCUGCUGAUAUAUCUGGAGUGUGGACAAGAAGCACUACAGAGGAGAGGUACACGACCUAGGCACUCUGACUGGUGGAACGGGGAAACCCCUGAGGUGUUUAUUGGGAUUAAACGUGAUGGGUCGCAAUCACUGAGCCUCUCCUGCCUUGUCACAGGCUUCUACCCACAGGCCAUCGAUGUAACGUGGCUGAGAGAUGGUGAGGGGGUCCCCGGGUUUGAAUCCAGUGAUCUAUUACCGAAUUGGGAUGGGACUUACCAGCUGAAGAAUACAAUUGAACUGAUUAAAGAAGAUGUGGCAAAAUUCUCCUGUUACAUCGAACAUACAACUCUGCUGCGGGGAGUCAAUGUUCCACAGGAGAGGGCAGCAAAAGAUGAUAUAAAGAUUAGGAUCGUGACUGGAGCUGCAAUUGUUCCUCUCAUUCUCCUGGGGAUCAUCCUUGGAAUAGGUUGCUGGAAGAAGAGGAAAAGGAAAAAAAAUCACAAUAACCAGGGACCAGCUGACAACAGCAGAGACCAGGAGAGGACUGCAGUGACCAUGAAGCACAAUCAGCUUCCUUUGGGAUGCAGAGGAGGUCUUUGGGAAUGAUGUCUGGAUUAGUGGGGCAUUAGACACAGGGAGAAGUUGGACAGACUUGGAUUGUUUUCUCUGGAAUGUCGGGGAUUGAAGGGAGACCUGACAGUAAUAUAUCAAACUGGGAGGGGUGGAGAUGGGGUCGACCGUCAGACUUUUUACCCAGGAAGGAAAUAUCAAAUAAGAGAAGGUAUAGCUUUACAAUGAGUGGCAAAGUUUGAAAAAGAUGUGCAGGGCAAGCGUUUUACACCAAGGGUGGUGAGUGACUGGAAUGUGCUGGUGGUGGUGGAAGCUGAUAUGAUAGUGGCAUUAAAGAAACUUUUAGAUAGUCACAUGAAUAUGCAGGGAAUGGAUGGAUAUGGAUUAUGUGCAAGCAGAUAACAAUUGGUCAUGACAUCAUGUUCAGCACAAACAUUGUGGAUCAAAGGGAAUGUUCUUGUGCUGUACUGUUCUAUAUUCUAUGUUCUUUAUUCUAUCAAUGCUGACUGAUGGCUUUACAUUCAGCCAUUAAUUUUUUAAGUGCUGCCUUCACUGCAGUUACCCUGUGAUUCCAAACUCAUUCAUUGCGCCACAUUUUGGAAUAAAAGUUCGCCCAUUUGAUUGAUUGAUACUUUAUUACCAUAUAUGACAUGUCACAGUGAAAUUCUUUGCUUUGCAUAACAUACUGGUGGGACUAAGGGAAAACAAAGUUGUUCGGCACAGACUUGUAGGGCUGAGAUGGCCUGUUUCCGUGCUGUAAUUGUUAUAUGGUUAUAUACACAAGGUAUACAAAGAGUCACCAUGUAUAGGGUGUCGACACAGUUACAACGUAAUCAUUACAGUCCCCAAUGGUCCCUCUUUGUUCUCGGCAGCCUCUCCAUGUUGGGUGCCUCUUUAAAAUAGAUACAAAGAAGAUUUAUUUUCCUGUAGGUGAAUGAUUUGCCUGAACUUUCUAUUCCAGCUGUGGAGACAAGGUGCAUGAUUAUUUUCCAGGUUGUGAUAUAUGGAGUUUUAGAUCAGAAAUUAAUAAAGGAUUGCAGGAAUUAUGUAGUAAACUGAUCAAAAUCAGAUUGGACAUAAUGUUAUUGAAUGAUGCAGUCUGUUCAAGGGGGCUUACAGCUGAUUGCUAAUCCCAUUUUAUAUAAACACAAAGAAGUACAUACCAGGAAGAGGCCCUUUGGCCCACAA